AGUCUUGGACAAAAACUACAUAAAUAUUUAUAGGCUGCAGAGCGCAAAUGCUAGUUGUCUAGAGACAGUCGAUCAGUUAAACACCAUGAUCCUACAAUUUAUAUUCAACAACCUUGAUUUUAAAUGCUGGGGUUUUUUAUUUGUUGUUUUUCUGCUUCUAGUAGAUGUUAUUAAGAAUAAGAAUCCGUACAAUUUCCCCCCGGGACCUUGGCCUUUACCAUUCCUGGGAAAUGUCUUUACUGAGAUGGAUUUUAAGACCAUGGAUAAGUUGACUGAAGUCUAUGGGAAGAUAUUCAGCUUAAAAGUGGGCGGUCAUAAAAUGGUUAUAGUGUCUGGAUAUAAACUGGUAAAAGAAGCCCUGAUUGGCCAGAUUGACUGCUUUGUCGACCGACCAAAAAUUCCUCUGUUUGACAAAUUUUUUAAGGGACUAGGUAUGAUAUCGAGUAGUGGAUACAUCUGGCACAUGCAUAGGAAGUUUACUGUCUCCCAUCUACGAACCUUUGGAGAGGGAAAGAAAAGCCUUGAGUUUGACAUCCAGCAAGAGUGUGUUUGCCUUUGUGAUGCUUUUAGGGCAGAAAAGGGACCAUUCAAUCCGCAGGUCACAUUAAACAGUGCUAUCUCGAAUGUCAUUGCAUGCUUGUUAUUUGGACAGCGCUUUGACUAUCAUGAUGAAUAUUACCAAAACAUCCUGCGCCUUGACACUGAAUGCAUUCAGCUAGCAGGCUCACCUAGGGUACAGUUGUACAAUGUGUGUCCUUGGCUUUUUGAAUACAUACCUGGCCCUCACCAAAAAAUGUUUGCCAACUAUAAGAAGAUUACAGACUUUCUGAGGGGAGAGAUAAAAAAACACAGAGAUGACUGGGACCCUUUAAACCCUCGUGACUUUAUAGAUACCUACCUGGCAGAGAUGGAGAAGAAAAAGAGUGACCCUGAAGCUGGCUUUAAUAUAGAAAGUUUAGUGGUGUCUUGCCUUGACAUGCUUGAAGCUGGAACAGAGACGGCAACAACAACAUUACGCUGGGGUUUGCUCUUUAUGAUAAAGUUUCCAGAAAUACAGGUAAAGGUCCAAGAAGAGAUAGAUCGAGUCAUUGGCCAGAUUCGUCAACCCAGCUUGGCUGACAAAGUUAACAUGCCUUAUACUGAAGCUGUUAUCAAUGAGAUACAGAGAUUUGGUAACGUUCUGCCACUAGGACCCUCGAAACAAGCUGUUAAAGACACUACGAUAGGGAAAUACAUUGUUCCAAAGGGCACCAUCCUUACAACAAACCUGUCUUCAGUUCUGAAUGAUCCAGAUGAAUGGGAAACACCUCAGACCUUUAACCCUCAACACUUUCUGGAUGAUAAUGGCAAGCUUCGAAAGAGAGAUGCCUUCAUGCCAUUUUCAGCAGGUAAGAGAUCAUGCUUGGGAGAGCAGCUGGCCCGUAUGGAGCUUUUUCUUUUCUUCACUACCAUGCUGCAGCGGUUUACAUUCUCUAAAUGUCCAGGAGAGGAGCCCAGUUUGGACGGAGAGAUGUGGUUUACAUACGCUCCUUCUCCCUUCCGCAUUUGUGUGACCUCACGUUAGACUUUGUACCAGAGUCAAACACGUUUGGUAACUGUACAUUAUAAGGAAAAAGAAAUCUUACUAAUGAUGUCUAUCGAAUAUCUUAUGAUAUUAUUGCAUAUUUUUAUUAUUUUACAGUUUAAAAUAAAGGUACAAAAGUUGUCACUAAGGCAGUACCCUUUGAAAAAGGUCCUAUGUACCAUACAAAUAUGUAUCUUUGAACUACCAAUAUUUACCUUUUGACGUACUAAUAUGCAAUCUUUUGGGUACAAAGGUGUACCUUUUUGUCCCAGUGACAACUUUUGUACCUUUAUUACAUUGCAACAUUGCAGAAAGCAUUAUAAAAAUAAGAAAUUAUUUGAUUAAUUUAAUAAUGGAAAUUCAUAAAAGGAUAAUUUUGUAUUAAAUAGAUAGGGGUUUUCUUCUAAGUUCUCACAUUUUUGUCUCAAAGUAAGACUUCAAUGCAUCUGAUGUGUUAUUGAAGCAAUACUUUAAGUUUUAUUCUUCAUAUUAGAUUUCCUAUAAAUUAAUUAAUGGGUAGCUUUAGUGUUUUUACACCCUUCCGUCAAUAAAACCAAUAUUUUGACAUGGGUAAAACCCAAAAUGUUUGAAAAUACCCAUUAAUGUCAUGUCAUACAGCAUGUUUUCUUGUUUUUUUUCUUAAUGAGACCAUCAGGCAACAUCCGUGAUUGUACCAAGUUUUCCCCCUUACAGGAAAAGCCACAUAAAUUUCACAUGUGCAAAAACCCAUGGGAUCACACAAGAAAAACAAGUCACUGCUUGUUUCACAUGUGAAAUUCACACUGUCCAUGUGUGAAAAACAUGAAGUUCAUAUGCUUUCUGUAAGGGCUUUAAUGCAACAAUAAAGACCAUGCUGCACA